AUGUGGCCACCCAGUGCUGCGUCCAGCGACCGUCUUGAAACCCGCGAACGUAUGGCACAGCUACAACUCAAGGCAACAUCCAGGAACGUAAUUGCUGCUGGUCGCGUUGCGCGGAGCUCGUACUGCGAUCACUCUGGAUGGGGCUACAAGCAGGGCAGCAUAAUAAAGAGCUGGAAGCGUCGCUUUUUUGUGCUUAAGGGGCGAGAACUUAUCUACUUUGAAGAACGUUCACCCAGCGGUAAGGGAAUCGAUGAAAAAGGGCGAUUGCGGAUCAGCGGCGUCGAGUAUACGCCCGAGUUUACGAACGCGUUGCUCGUACGGGGAGAAUUGAAGAACCAGGCAGUAAAGAUGCAGGUGGAGUCGAACGAGGAGAUUGACGAGUGGUUUGUCAAGAUCUCCGAGGCGCUUCAUGCUGCUACAGAGGCAUUAGCAGCGAAUCAACGCAAAACAACUGGUAGUGGUGAUGUGGCUAUGAAAGGCUGGCUUAUGAAGGAGGGACAGAAUUUUAAGACAUGGAAACGACGCUACAUGACGUUAACGGGCAAUAUCAUUCAGUACAGAGCACAAAUAUCGGAAAGACCGCUUGGUGAGACGAAAGUGAACGCGGUGAACAUCAAUCCAUCAAGACCGUUUGCAUUGGAUAUUUACUCGGAUAAUAAUCGAAUCUUACGGAUUGCAGCCGAUUCGUUUGCUGAGAUUGAGGCGUGGGAUCACGCAUUUGCUAAGGCUAUUGGGAAACGGCCGUGCUUUGGAGAUCCGUAUGCAGGACAGAAUGCGCCAUUUCUUGGCGAGACGUUUGAAGAGAGUGUGUUGUGUGAAGGUUGGCUGUACAAGAGAGGACAGCGGUCGACAGAGUGGCAAAGACGCUAUUUUAUUCUAAAAGGUUACCAAUUACAAUACCAGGAUGGACCUGGAGAAAGCAUACAUAAGGGUGCAGGCACGGUGGUUGGGUUGACGCUUGGCGAAGCCUGUUCGAACAGUAUUUUCGUGCAACUUAGCUCAAGUCGAGUGCUUUGUGUGAGCGCAGACAGUCAGAUUUCGAUUGAUAAAUGGAUUCAAACUAUUUGCACUCUGCUAGGUAAAGACCCGAACUCUUUAGAAAAGGAAGCAUCAGUCGCGUCAAACACAGCCAUUAAGUGUACGAGUGGUGGCAACAUACUUACUCGUGCAUUCAGUCGAGCUUUAUCGAAUGCUUCCGCGCCACCAAUGUUAGGUACCAGCACUUCCCAGUCAGAGCUGGAAGUUGCUCAAUCUAGUCUUUCUAGCAAUGGAGGCUACUUGGAAGAAUGUGAUGACGGAAGGGAGACAGACGAUAAUUUGCAUUUACGCGAAUCCGUAGCGAGCGAGCGGAACUCACUUGAAGAAGGCAACAAGUCUACGGGAGACGACUACGAGAGUUUUAUGAGUGGAUCCGUGCGAAAGUGCGGCUGGUUACGCAAAGAAGGCGCGCGAAAUCGCUCUUUGAAGCGCCGGUACUUCAUGGCCGAUGACAACAAGCUUUACUAUUUUGAACAAAUAGGUGAGGCCCCGCGUGGCAAUGGCAUUGUAAAAAGUAUUGUGCCCAAUGAUACGUAUCCAAACUGUUUGGAUUUAAUUCUGAAAUCGGGGCGAACGCUGCGUGUUGUAGCUGAAUCACCAGACGAAAUACGUUCCUGGCUUGAUCACUUUAAUGAAUGCAUUCCAAGGAGCGACGGUCCGACAGAUCGACGCAGUGUGAUGGACAUACAUUCAUUGGUCGAAGAUCCGGCAUUAAAAGUGAUGGAAACAGGUUCUGGCUGGUUGCUGAAAAAGGGAAAGAAUUUUAGGACCUGGAAACGCCGAUUUUUUAAACUGAAUGGAAAGCAAUUUUCGUACGCCAGUGCACCAACUGCGCCACCUCUUGGAUGUGGUGUGGUCGAAAAUGUCAUGAUCGGGAACGCACGACCAUUCUGCUUAGACGUUCGGUUUCAGAACGGCCGUGUCAUGCAACUUGUGGCGUCUAACGAGACCGAAAUGGUUGCUUGGAAUCGUCUGUUGCAAGCAGCUGUGCUUUCCGAGCCGAUUGAAAGCGACUUAGAGCAAGACGCACAGUUUGAUUUUGAUGACGCUGAAGAGGAUGCACAGCUUGGUACAAUGCACAGCGUCGUAACAGCGACUAGAGCGUUUAAACGUGGGAUAACAAAGGCGUCUUCGUCAUUGAGCACAGUGUCAAGCUGCGAUAGUUUAAUUCAAGAGGAGAAACCCACCAUCAUGAGCGCUCAAGAUUCGGUGACGAAGACGAAUGAGCGAGCAGAGGCAGCAGCUAAGGCAGUGGCUGCAGCUAUGGAACGCCAGUCCGCUCGUCUAGUAGCAAUGGAGGCAGAGGAACCAGUUGUGUGUAGUGGAUGGUUGCGAAAAGAAGGAGGGACAGUCAAAAAUUGGAAACGCCGGUACUUUACACUGCAUGGGGCAACUUUAUGCUACUUUAAGAGCGACAAUGGAGCCCUUUUGCGCAGUUUUACCGUAUGUCACGUCGUAACCUUGCGGACGAAAAGAUUGUGUCUUGAGAUCACGACAGAGGUUGGACGCAAGUUACUGGUCGCGAGUGAAACGCAGGCUGAUCUGGACCGAUGGCUGGAUCACCUGCAUCGUGCUAUCGCGGCGGAAAAGCAAAAAAAACAGAACACUGACUCUUCACAAUGGACAAACGAAUUACGUUGUUGGGAAGCUACUGGCUUAAGUAGAAGAAGCGCCUGA